AUGCCUACGUUACGCCACUGUCCCAGACUUAAACACAACGGACUGCGUAUUGUUUCGACGACAACAAUAUCUGACCAGUUACCAUUACAAAACGAUGACCAGUACCUGGUUUGUAAUAAAACUAAAUCUAUGUGGCAAAUUACAUACAAGGGAAUUAGAGGGAUAGCUCAUAGGGGGUUUAAAUCAUAUCUCGAUGGCUGCUUACAAUAUGUGGAAAUUGAAAAUACCGACUUCCAAACUCGAAAAAUUUUAAAAUCUACGUCUGACAGUAUCCAUGUGUACACAGGUCUAUAUCAGGGCCUAGAUAAAAAGUUAUUUGUUGAACAAGUGGAGAAAUCGUUUGGCGGUAAUCUCUGCCGGUGCACUGGAUACAGGCCUAUAUUAGAUGCCUUCAAGAGUUUCGCCAACGACUGCGAUCCGGCGCUGCAGACCAAAAUACAGGAUGUAGAAGAUCUAUAUAAAUCACAAUGCUUGAAGAAAUGCGAAAAGCGAUGUAGUGUAGUUGACGAAGAUUGGUGCGUGAUACAAAACAAACAAGAACAGUUACUGAUGGAAGUUGGCGGGUCGAAGAGCCAAUGGUACAAAGCGUUUACAAUACCAGAUGUCUUCAAGGUGUUACGUAAAGUAGACGUGGAUGACUACAGACUGGUACACGGAAACACUGGAAUAGCUGUUUUUAACAAAUAUUGGUCUCCGCCCCCUCGAGUGUUCAUAGAUAUAUCGUCCAUAGAAACUCUAAAGGAUUUCUUGGUGGACGUCAACUUAGUUGUGGGUGCGGGCACGUCUCUCACGGACUUCAUGAAAAUCUGCGAGGAUGUCGGGAAACAGGACGAGUUCAACUACUUGAUGGGAUUCCAUGAACAUUUGGACUUGGUUGCGCAUGUCCCAGUUAGAAACAUUGGCACGAUUGGAGGCAAUCUAGCUAUGAAAAAUAAAAACAAUCAAUUCCCUUCUGAUAUUUUUCUGAUGCUAGAACUUGUUCAAGCUAUGGUCACAAUAGUGGGUGAUGAUUUACAUGAAACCACUUUGAGUAUGCAAGACUUCCUGAGGACUGAUCUGAAAUGUAAACUGAUAACAAAUGUGAAACUACCGCCCAUGUCGUCCCGAUGCGUGAUCCGCACAUACAAGAUAAUGCCUAGGGCCCAAAAUGCUUUAGCGAUAGUGAACGCAGGGUUCUAUUUCAAACUAAACGAUGAGAACAAUAUUGAAGAAACUCGCAUAGUGUAUGGUGCUAUCUCACCGACCUUCGUGCGUGCGACAGAGACGGAGUACGCAUUGAUCGGCCAAGAUCUAUACAGCGAGAGGACGCUACAAAAAGUAAAACAUUUUGUUGAAGGUUUGAGAAAGUUGAACGACGAAUUGAUUCCGUUUGACAGCCCUCCGACUAUGUCGCCACUGUGCAGGAAGACUAUAGCUCUAGGACUAUUUUAUAGGGCGAUAUUGUCUAUGGCAUCAACGUCAUCAUUGAACCCUCGGUACGUUUCGGGCGCGUUCGGUCUCCGUCGGCAGGUGUCGCGCGGGACUCAAACCUUCGACACUGACAAGUCGCUUUGGCCACUCAACAAACCGAUACCCAAGCUAGAGGCAUUGACACAGUGUUCAGGGGAAGUGAAAUAUGCUUGCGACGUUAUUCCAUCUAGAGAUCAGGUAUACGUGGCAUUCGUAUUAUCUACCAUAUGUAUUGGAGAAAUAGAAAACAUUGACGCUACUGAAGCCAUGAAAACCCCUGGAGUAGUAGGGUUCUUUACAGCUAAAGAUAUACCAGGGGAAAAUGCUUUUAUCCCAAGUGACUUACCCUGGAUGGAAUACCAAGAGGAACUGCUGGCUACAAAAAAAAUAUCGUAUUACGGCCAACCUAUAGCAUUAAUUGCAGCAACUACACAGACAUUGGCUAUAGCUGCUGCAGAUCUUGUGAAGGUCUCUUAUAAGAAAAGUGAAGUGAAACCCGUGAUAAGUAUCAAGGAUGCUUUGGCUGCACCAGAUAGGGAUAAACGGCUUCGUGAAGAUGUAAAUAUAAAAGCAAAGAGCAAAGGUGACAACACAACCCAUGUUAUAAAAGGCAGCUACUCGAUUCCUUCCCAAUAUCACUUCACUAUGGAAACACAAAGUUGCAGUGUAUCUCACACAGAUGACGGGUUACUGGUACGAUCCUCUACGCAAUGGAUAGACUUGAUCCACAUCUCUGUGGCUAGAUUGCUAGGGAUCGAGCAGAACAGGGGUGUAAAAAUAGAUAAAAACCUAUUCUCGGACCUACUGGAUAUACUUAUUGAAUUUCAUGUAAAUCAGUCAAGUCGUUCCGGAGGAGUAUGGUAA